AUGUCACAUUCAGUAAAGAUUUAUGAUACAUGUAUAGGAUGUACUCAAUGUGUACGAGCCUGCCCCACAGAUGUAUUAGAAAUGAUACCUUGGGACGGAUGUAAAGCUAAGCAAAUUGCUUCUGCUCCAAGAACAGAGGACUGUGUAGGUUGUAAGCGAUGUGAAUCUGCUUGUCCAACAGAUUUCUUGAGUGUCCGGGUUUAUUUAUGGCAUGAAACAACUCGCAGCAUGGGGCUAGCCUAUUGA